GGCUCUACUUCCUCAUACAUAUAAGCAACACACCACAUCAGACACCAUUACACGGAUCUGACUGUCUACUGCACAAGUCUGUUCUGUAUAUUUGAAGUACAUUACUUGUGGUGAGGGAGCACAGAUGAGCAUGGCUUCAACGGGGUCUGUAGCUGUCGCUGAGUUGAGGAUAGUGCUACUGGGAGGUAAGGGUCUUGGAGGGAGACAGGACUGCUCUAAGAGCUCUGUGGGCAACCUUCUCCUGAGAGGAAAUUUCUUUGAGACGGGAGCCAGAAAUGCUAAGAACGUCCUGAGACAACAGGAAGUGUGGAGCAGGAAGCUGAUGGUGGUGGAUACUCCAGGCUGUAUGUGGCCCUGUCCGCUGUCUCUGACCACUCAGCUGGACCUAAAGGAACUACAGCGGAACGUGUACCUCUGUCCUCCAGGGCCCCACGCCUUCCUCCUCGUCAUUCCCGUGAAAUGUCCCUUCGAUGCGGAACACAAAGCUGCCCUGGAGGAACACCUGAGCUCUCUGUUCAGUAAACAGGUCUGGAGACACAUUAUCAUAGUCAUCACAGCAGAGGCUCCACUUCCCUCCAUGUCUCUGCAAGAGCUAAUCAAAGGACAGCCUGUUAUCCAGCAGCUUGUCCGGAAAGCUGGAGACUGCUGUCAUUUUCUGGACAUUGGGAACUGUGGUAAUGACAUUCAGAUCAUAGGGCUGCUAGAGAAGAUAGACAAGAUGGUGGCAGGAAACAGAGGAGGCCACUUCAUGGUUGAGAAAGGGGGGUUUCAUGAACUGGGGGAGAAGAUGAGACGUAUCAAGAAAAGAGCUGAAGAGAGGAUCACUGAAGUACAGAGUCAAAGAUCUAGACUCCGCAGUCAAAUAGAUGAAUCCAAAAGGCUGUCCGACAUGAGGAUUGUGCUAACAGGAAGCCACCUGGCUGGGAAGAGCAGAGCAGCAAACGUCAUCCUUGGGAGAGAAACGUUUGAGGUUGGUUGUCAACGAACGACAAGCAGUGAGAGAGCCCGCGGUGUCGCAUCAGGGAGAAAUCUGGAGGUGGUCGACUCUCCAGGCUGGCUCUAUAAAAACACCCUGGAAGAAACCUCCAAGCUGGACAAGCUGGAAAUCCAACGCUGUGUGACACUUUGUCCUCCUGGUCCCCACGCUGUGCUGCUGGUGGUUCCCCUGGACACGGGCUUCCCAGAGUGCAGCAGGGUAGCUGUGGAGCAGCACAUGAACCUGUUCACUGAGAAGGUCUGGAGCCACACUAUGAUGCUGUUCACACACGGAGACAAGAUAAGAGGCACUACGAUCGAGCAGCACAUCGAGAGCGAAGGGAAGCCUCUCCAGUGGCUUGUUGAGAAAUGUGGGAACAGGUAUCAUGUCCUCGACGGUUUAAGCAGAGAGGAUGGCUCUCAGGUCUCAGAGCUGCUGGACAAGAUAGAGGAGAUGGUGGCGGGAAACAGAGGAGGCUAUUAUGAGACUGACAGAGAUGUUUCAAAGGUGUUACGGCAGGCCAAGGGAGAGGCACAUAGAAGAGCAGAGAUUACCGUAAGGACGGUGAACCGCCAAAGAACAUUACUAAGGGCUUUAUUUGAAGGAGAAGACCUUACGCAGACAGAGCUAAGGAUGCUGCUGCUGGGCAGAAGCAAUACUGGGAAGAGUGUUGCUGCCAAUAUGAUACUGCAAGAAGCAGCUUUACCAAAGUUUGGUGCUGAGAGGAAACCAACCCCAUAUGUGAUGAGACAGAGACAGCUGGCUGGGAGGAACCUGAUGGUGAUAGAAUCCCCCGGCUGGGACACUGACUGCUCAGAGCAGCUCAGAGAGCAUGGACUCAGCCUGUGUUCCCCCGGCCCUCACGUCUUCCUCCUGGUGGUUCCACUCUCUUCUUCCUUCUCUGAGAAAGACAGGAGCGCUCUGGAGGAGCACAUGAAGGUUCUCGGGGAGAGGGUGUGGAGAUACGCCCUAGUUCUGUUCACCUGGGGCUACUGGCUAGGGGACAGGGCUAUUGAGCAGCACAUCCAGGAGGAAGGGGAAGCCCUCCUCUGGCUGGUGGAGAAAUGUGGUCACAGGUACCAUGUGCUUCAGAACACAGAAGGCAUCGCUGAUCUCACCGUGCUGAUAGAGAAGAUAGAGGAAAUGACCAGGAGAAACUUGGGCCACUUCGCGGUGGUCAGUGUUGGAGUUGAUUCAGCAGACGUGAGCAAUAGAAACACAGCUGUAGACUUGAGACAUCGACCGUCUGUGUUACACAAACUCGUAACAAAAGUGGAUAAGUUGAGUGACAGAGAGAAAGCGUGGAGGAGUAAAGAGGAGGAGUGGAGAAGGAGAGAAGAGGAGUCCAAGAGGAGGGAGGAGAACCUAAUAGACCGGAUGUUGAAGGUUGUGCUGACCGAGCCAGAGGAGCCAUUACUGCCUAUGAGGAGGAGGAGGGGCAGCCUAGAGCACAUACCCCCCAGUAUGAGCGGAGGGGCACCGUCAGAGGACAGGAGCUCCUACCUGUACUGUGUCUACGGAGCAGGAGGCAAGGUGUCCGACUGGCUGAUGAGGAGACAUGCUCUAGCCUGCACGUCAGGGUACGGCUCAGUGAGUGGAGACGCCUUCUCCUCAGAGUACAACUAUGGAGAAGGGCACUCACCUGAACGUGACAGCUCAUCAUUAUAUGAGACCUGCAUCAGGGAAGCCGACCACGCAUACCCGACAACACCCAGAGUCACCGCGGAACAAGAAUACUCGUUGGUUUUUGAGGGCGAGCACAUGUAUGAGAACAUAAACAGAGAUUAAUGAAAAGAGAGAUCCAUGGAUUUGCUUUUUAGAACAAAGGAUAGGGGAAGGGUUUGUUUUGUAUUGUGACUAUUGUAUCCAAUGUUAUCAAGUUCAUGUUACAUUAUUUUAAAGAUUUGGUUUGCAGUAAGAUGAGGCAUCCAUCAUAAUACACAUUAGAGUCAACACAGACAGUAGACAACAGACAUUAUGAAAGUACUCAAGGUUCAAAUCAUCUGUAAACCACUCAAUAUAAAAAAAUAUAAUGUUGUACAAUUCAAUGUGUGCAUUGUUGAUACACAUUGUUAGUCUGAGUGAUGGUUGCUGGAGCAAAGCUAUUUUAUAUUUUCUUUAUACGUAAUUUUCACUCUGUAAUUAAAAUACAUAUAUUUUAUCCCUCUUUA